AUGACUAUCCCAUCUAUCGAGAAUCGCGGCGAACCUUGGUUCGAUGACGGUAAUAUCAUUCUUGUCACGCAAGAAAAGCCCACGGCGUUCAAGCUUCAUCGGGGUGUCCUCGCUAGGCAUUCGGAAAUAUUUCAAUCCAUGUUUGAGAUGCCCCAGCCAGAGCUUCAGCCUGAGGCUGCAGAUGACAUGGUUGAUGGUUGUCAGGUUGUCACCAUGCACGACCCGCCCUUGGAACUCUCCGACCUCGUCAAGGCACUGUACGACGGCCCGUUGUUUGACACCCAAAACAUCAAUGAUUUCUUCUAUCUGGCGGGAUUGCUUCGUCUCUCGACCAAGUACUUCAUCAACCAUCUUCGCACUGCCUGUAUUCUAUACCUCAGUCGGACGUGGGCAUAUACCCUCAAAGGCCAUGAUGAGAUGGUAGAGAUUGCUAUCAACACGUCGUCCAUUGAUAAAAUGACCUACCCGUACGUUCACCCUCUGCACGUUCUCAAUCUCGCUCGAGAAACGAACGUCCGGCUUGCCGUACCCUCCGCCCUCUACUUUCUUUCCCUCUACCGGUUUGAAGACAUUCUUCGAGCAGACCACCCUAAACUAUUAGUCGAUCACCCUUCGCGACCCUCGUCUUCACUUUCCCCCGGUGACAUGAGCAACUAUACGCUCUUACUCCAAUGGCGUAUCGAGCUUACUCUAGAUUUUAUUCGCCGUGUUUGCGGGCAGCGUGUACCCUCUACAGGAUGUCUGAGUAAAAAUUGCGAGCGCAAUUUCGCGAGGUUGACCUCUCGUCUGUCCCAUUCAUGGAUGAUGAGGACAGCCUUGUUGCACUACGUCCUGCAGAUCAUCAGGGAGGUGAACGACGAUUCUGUCUAUUGUGAUGGCGGCGGUACCUCCUCCUCGAGUGAUCAACACAUAGGGUCGGUCAAUACGCCUGAAGAAUUCCUCAAGAGCAUUGGACGCUCCAUGGAAACAAAAUACUCUGUAGAAAGCUGGGAAGAAUUCUGGACAAAGAAAGGUGUCCAUUUGAAAGAGGCUGGCUUGGGUAUUCGGGAUCGUCGAUAUAUGCUCUGGUGCAUGAGCAAGUAUAGAAGGGGAUUUCCUUUUGAAGAAUUUGUGCAUGAACCGCCACCGAAGAAGAUAGUUCGGGGGUGGGGCCCUUCUGUGCAGAAUGGUAAACGUAUACGAUCACGGGUCCACCAGGACAAAAGUAAAAAGAAGAAGAAAACAUAG